AUGCUGAUCCCCAAUCUUCCCGCCCCUCUGCCAAUCAAGUUCCUGAAGGAAGCGGGCAUCUCAGAGCUCCCCGGAGGCCUCAAGAUCGAGGAGUUUGACUAUUUCCACUUUGCUAUCUACAUCAGCGAGAUGCGACGGCUGGGCAUCAGCGGGCCUACUUCCUCCCUCUCAACCGGUACUGCGUAUGGCAUGCCACCCAUCAUUGCCUACGGCAGCCAACAACUUCAAAAACGUGUCCUCCCAGAGCUUUUAAGUGGAAAAAAGAGGAUAUGCAUCGCCAUCACGGAGCCAGAUGCCGGCAGUGACGUCGCCAAUCUCUCAACUACGGCAGAGAAGAGCAGCUGCGGCAAGUACUAUAUUGUCAACGGAGAAAAGAAGUGGAUUACGAAUGGGGUUUGGUCGCAUUAUGCCACCAUGGCCGUACGCACGGGAGGCCCGGGGGCUGCUGGUCUCUCACUGCUUUUGGUACCUCUGCUUGGGCAAUCGGGUGUGACGAUGCGCCGCAUGAAGACGACAGGAGGAACAACGAGUGGAACUACAUUCAUUGACCUCGAAGAUGUGAAGGUGCCAGUCGAGAACUUGAUUGGCGAAGAGGGCCAAGGGAUGAAAAUGAUCACACGGAAUUUCAACCACGAACGACUGGCCAUCGCCAUCGGCGUCUGCCAGAGCGCCCGGGCCGCCCUGUCUGCGGCUUUUGGGUACGUCAUGAAGCGUGAAGUCUUUGGACAGCCACUCAUAGAACAAGCGGUUGUGAGAAACCGCCUGGCCAGGUGCGGCGGUGAAUUAGAGUCUCUGUGGGCAUGGAUCGAGGCGCUCGUGUAUCAAAUGUUGUCGAGUUCGACUGGUGGACACGGCCGCCAGGAUCUCGGAGGUUCCAUGGCGCUCGUGAAGGCAAGGGCAGCAAUAGUGCUCGAUGAGUGUGCGAGAACGGCAGUUCUGCUAUUUGGCGGGAACGGAUAUACCCGAACAGGCCAGGGUGAGCUUGUUGAGAAGAUAUACCGUGAGAUUCCGGCUGCGCGGAUCCCAGGAGGCACUGAAGAUGUUAUGCUGGACUUGGCGAUUCGACAGUUGGUCAAGGGAUUUCGCGCGAGGAGCAAGGCAUUGGGGAAGGAGAAGCUAUAA